UCCACCCGGAAGUCCACGUCAUUCCUGUUUCGACAGCCUCAAGUCAGCUGAAACCCAGAGACUGAACCCGAAUAAACUCUGAGCUGAGAAGAAAACUUGUAGUUUUAAUCUGGUAACUAACAUGGCGGACGAAGCCACGCGCAAGGCCGUGUCCCAGAUUCCGCUGUUGAAGGCGCACGCGGGGCCGAGGGACCGCGCGCUGUGGCCGCAGAGGCUGAAGGAGGAGUACCAGGCGCUGAUCCGGUUCGUGGAGCAGAACAAGGCAGCCGACAAUGACUGGUUUCGUCUGGAAUCUAACGCGGACGGUACGCGGUGGACCGGCACUUGCUGGUUCAUUCACGAGCUGCUGCGCUAUGAGUUCCGGCUGGAGUUUGACAUCCCGGUGACCUAUCCCGACACCGCGCCCGAGGUAGCGGUGCCAGAGUUGGACGGUAAAACGGCUAAGAUGUACCGCGGAGGAAAGAUAUGCCUCACCGAUCACUUCGCACCGCUCUGGGCCCGGAACGCGCCCCGGUUCGGCCUCGCGCACCUGAUGGCGCUGGGUCUCGGCCCAUGGCUCGCGGUGGAGAUCCCGGACCUGAUCAGCAAGGGACUCGUGGUCCACAAGGGGCAGCAGCGCGAGGCGGCUGAGUGACAAUGAAAACAAUGUACUGGAAUAUCACUGAAGACAUCUGUGCAGCGUGUGGGAAAUUAUGUUAUGAAAUAAAGUGAUAUUUAUGAUACUUUACUAUGAAUAUAAAAGACCAUGGAGUUGGACGGUGAUGAUGCAACUUAAUCUUCUGUAAAACAAUGAUCAGACAAUGUCGGUUGUGAAGAGCGGAUUCUAAUGUACAACAGUGUCCUCGAAGAAAACUUCAUUGUCACUUAAGCUGAAACAGAAACGUCAUUAAUAUUUGUUUUGAGUCAAUGAUGUAAAGAAACAUCAAUUCCACUUUCUGUUGUAUUUUUAUUGUUGAUCUUAUUUUCCACCUCAUGUCAGUAAACUUGGAUAAGCUCCUCCCACUCAGCUGGAGGCCACACCCCGUUUUCUUGCACAUUGCUUGGUGAGGACUUCCAGUCCCAGCUCCUCACAGGAAUGCUCCAGGUGGUGCCGUAGUUUGCCGUCACAUAAUCCAGUGUUUCACACGGAACGCGAACCUUGAGCUCCAGAAGCUCCGUCCAGCAGAGUGAGAAGCGAGGGAAGAUGUACCUGACGAAAAAGUAACAAUUUGAUAAAUGUGGCGACCUCGCUGGCAAACAGUGUUUCAAGUCACGUUGAGUUUUACAUACUUGAACUUCCUGCCACUCUUUGCCUGCGUUCCACCGUUCCACACGAUGUCUCCCUCUUCAUAGAAAAAGAAAAUGUCCAGUUUGACGUCUCCACUCACAAAUGACAAUUCCAGACUGUCGUCUGCCUGCGGUUCACAAUAAAAGACCCAAAAUUAAAGACCCAAAAUACA